GGAAACAUCGCUCCUUUGAAAAGAACACCAACGCAUAGGUGAGUGUAAGCAAAGGCGCACGCAAAAAGCACGCACAGACGAAUGUACACAAAGGCGCACGCACAGGCGAAUGUACUCAUAGGCACACGCGCCGCCUACAAACCCUCUUUUGCAAACGUCCCCCACGUGAGCUCCAAAGCAUGAAUGCCCUCAUCAAGUUUAUGUACACCCCCAAAGCCCACUUCAACAUUUAUAAUGAGUACCUGAACGCCUAUAGGAAGAAAAUCAACCGAAUCCCUUUUUACAUACGGAGAACGGCCUCCGAUAAUUUGCCCGUUUUCCUCAAGUACAAAAAUAAUAAGAACCUCGUCGUGACUGUCAUUCGGAAGAUAAAAGGAAACAAAGAGAUUUUAAAAAGGGAGAUCGAGUCCAUUUGCAACAGCAACGUUAUUGAGAAAACGGAUUGCUGGCUGAUCAAGGGGAACCACAAAAAGAAAAUAAAAGACUAUUUUAAAUACAUUGGCUACUAA